AUGACCACUUCAUUGCUGGUGUUUGUGACUCUGAGGGUCAUCACGGCAGCGGUCUCAGCAGCAUUUUCAGACCGUGACACCUCGCUGAGUGUGAGCAUCCCCGAACCGUCCCCUCUGCGAGUCCUCCUCGGGAGCUCGCUGACCAUCCCCUGCUACUUCAUCGACCCCACGCACCCCGUGACCACCGCGCCCUCCACUGCCCCCCUUGCCCCGAGAAUCAAGUGGAGCCGCGUUUCCAAGGAGAAGGAGGUGGUCCUCCUGGUGGCCACCGAGGGCCACGUGCAGGUCAACAGUGCCUACCGGGACAAGGUCUCGCUGCCCAACUACCCAGCCAUCCCCAGUGAUGCCACCCUGGAGAUUCAGAACCUACACACCAAUGACUCCGGCGUCUACCGCUGCGAGGUGAUUCAUGGCAUCGCGGACAGCCAGGCCACCCUGGAGCUGGUGGUGAAAGGCAUUGUGUUCCACUACAGAGCCAUCUCCUCGCGCUACACCCUGGACUUUGACCGCGCACAGCGGGCCUGCCUGCAGAACAGCGCCAUCAUCGCCACUCCUGAGCAGCUGCAGGCUGCCUAUGAGGAUGGCUUCCACCAGUGCGAUGCUGGCUGGUUGGCCGACCAGACCGUGAGGUACCCCAUCCACCUGCCCCGGGAAGGCUGCUACGGAGACAAGGACGAGUUCCCUGGGGUGAGGACCUACGGCAUCCGGGACACCAAUGAGACCUACGAUGUGUACUGCUUUGCCGAGGAGAUGGAGGGUGAGGUGUUCUACGCCACAUCGCCCGAGAAGUUCACCUUCCAGGAAGCAGCCAAUGAGUGCCGGCGCCUGGGUGCCCGGCUGGCCACCACAGGCCAGCUCUAUCUGGCCUGGCAGGGCGGCAUGGACAUGUGCAGCGCCGGCUGGCUGGCCGACCGUAGCGUGCGCUAUCCCAUCUCUAAGGCCCGGCCCAACUGCGGGGGCAACCUGCUGGGUGUGAGGACAGUCUACCUACACGCCAAUCAGACGGGCUACCCAGACCCCUCAUCUCGCUACGAUGCCAUCUGCUACACAGGUGAAGACUUUAUGGACAUCCCAGACAACUUCUUCGGGGAGGUGGGCGAGGAGGACAUCACCAUCCAGACGGUGACCUGGCCUGAUAUGGAGCUGCCCUUACCCCAGAACGUCACUGAGGGGGAAGCCCGGGGCAACGUGAUCCUCACAGCGAGGCCCAUCUUCGAUGGCUCACCCACUUUCCCACCACCCGAGGAGCCCUUCACCGAGCCCAGCAAGGAUCUGGCCGCACAGGUGACCAUCGAUCCAGGUGCACCCAAGACCCCUGGACAACAACUCCUGCCAGGGGGGGUCGUGUUCCAUUACCGCCCAGGCUCCACUCGCUACACGCUGACCUAUGAGGAGGCGCGGCAGGCCUGCCUGCGCACGGGCGCAGUCAUGGCCUCCCCGGAGCAGCUCCAGGCAGCCUACGAGGCAGGCUACGAGCAGUGUGAUGCUGGCUGGCUACAAGACCAGACUGUCAGAUACCCCAUUGUGAGUCCACGGGCCGCGUGUGGGGGCGGCACGGACAGCCGGCCGGGUGUCAGGAACUACGGUGUCCGCCCGUCAUCAGAAACCUACGACGUCUACUGCUACGUGGACAGGCUUGAGGGGGAGGUAUUCUUUGCCACCCGCCUGGAGCAGUUCACCUUCCAGGAAGCACUGGAGUUCUGUGAAUCCCACAAUGCCACCCUGGCCUCCACGGGCCAGCUGUACGCUGCCUGGAGCCUCGGCUUGGACAAGUGCUACGCCGGCUGGCUGGCUGAUGGCAGCCUCCGCUACCCAAUCAUCACCCCAAGGCCCGCCUGCGGGGGCAGUAAGCCCGGCGUGAGGACCGUCUACCUCCACAGCAACCAGACCGGCCUUCCGGACCCUCUGUCCCGGCACCACGCUUUCUGUUUCCGAGGUGCCCCCGUGGUGCCCGCUGCAGGACAGGAGGAGGGCAGCACACCCACAGCACCCUCCGGCCUGGAGGACUGGGUCGUGACUCAGCGGGUGCCCGGCGUGGCUGUGGUCCCCUUAGGGGAAGAAGCGACCACAGUCCCAAGCUUCACGGUGGAGCCAGAAAACCAGACGGAAUGGGAACCUGCCUACUCCCCAGCCUACGCUUCCUCCCUGCCAGGGAUCCCUCCUACUGGGCUUCCUUCUGGGGCAGAAGGUCCAGAGACCUCUGCUUCUGGAGCAGGGGACAUCAGUGGACUGCCUUCUGGAGUUGAAAGCGUAGGGACCUCUGCCUCUGGAGCUGAGGAACUCGGUGGUUUGCCUUCUGGAGAGGACUUGGUGGGAUCUGCUUCUGGACACUUGGACUUCGGCAGACUGCCUUCUGGAACUCUAGGGAGCGGGCAGGCUCCAGAAGCAAGUGGGCUGCCCUCUGGCCUUAGCGUUGACUAUUCUGGAGUGGAGCUUGGGAGUGGCCCAUCCUCUGGCCUACCUGACUUCAGUGGGCUUCCCUCUGGGUUCCCGACGGUCUCUCUAUUGAAUACCACAUUGGUGGAAGUGGUCACAGCCAUCGCCACAGGGGGGCUGGAAGGGAAAGGAAGUGUUGAGGUCAGUGGUGCUGGAGACCCAUCGGGGCUGCCUGUGGAUGAGUUGGACGUCAGUGGAACUAGUGGACUACCUUCAGGAGCCGAUCUCAGUGGUCAGGCAUCUGGGUCUCCCGACAUCAGCGGGGACACGUCUGGACUCUUCGGUAUUGGUGGGCAGCCAUCAGGCUUUCCUUUCAGCAGUGGGGAAACGUCUGGGCCCUUUGAGGUGACUGAGCAGCCGUCAGGGUUUCCUGGCAGCAGUGGGGAAACAUCUGGGGUGACUGAUCUUAGCGGGCUGUCCUCUGGGCAGCCCGAUGUCAGUGCAGAAGUGUCUGGAGUGGGUUUCGGCAGUGGCCCACCGUUUGGCAUCACCGACCUAAGUGGAGAACCAUCUGGGGUCCCUGAUCUCAGUGGGCAGCCAUCGGGGUGGUCAGGGUUCAGUGGGGCCACAUCUGGAAUCCCGGACCUGGUUUCUGGUACUGUGAGCGGCAGUGGCGAAGCGUCUGGCAUUACGUUCGUGGACACCAGUUUUGUGGAAGUGACACCUACCACGUUUAGAGAAGAAGAAGGCUUAGGGUCGGUGGAACUCAGUGGCCUUCCGUCUGGAGAGGCAGAUCUGUCAGGCACGUCUGGCCUGGUGGAUGUUGGUGGACAGUUUUCCGGAGCAGUCGAUUCCAGUGGGUCUCCAUCCCAGACUCCAGAAUUCAGUGGCCUGCCAAGUGGAAUACCGGAGGUCAGUGGCGAAUCCUCUGGAGUUGAGGUUGGGAGUAGCCUACCCUCGGGGGCCUACGAAGGCAGCGGACUUCCAUCUGGUUUCCCCACCGUUUCUCUGAUAGACGGGGCUUUGGUAGAAUCUGUGACCCAGGCCCCGACAGCCCAGGAGGCAGAAGGGACCUCAAGCAUUUUGGAACUCAGUGGUGCCCAUGCCGGAGCCCUGGACAUGUCAGGAGACCUCUCUGGAUUUUCAGACCUUGGUGGGAUGCAAUCGGGGCUGGUCACACAAAGUGGGGAGGCUCCAAGCACUCCAUACUUUAGUGGGGACUCUUCUGGCACCCUUGAUGGGAGCAAGGAAUCCUCUACAGCCACCAGCACCAGUGGAGAGGCCUCAGGACUUCCAGAAGUGACCUUAAUCACAUCGGAUUUUGUGGAGGGUGUCACUGGGCCAACUCCCUCCCAGGAGCUCGGCCAAAGGCCCCCUGUGACACACUCCCGGCUCUUUGAGUUCAGUGGGGAAGCCUCUGCCUCUGGGGACAUCAGUGGAGCUUCCCCAAUGCCCUUCAAGUUUGAGGGCAAAGUGUCGUCCAUCCCAGAAACCAGCAGCGAGGCCUCUGAGAUUGACGUGGGGACAUCUGCUGUCCCCGAGGGCAGCGGAGAAGCCUCCACAUCCCCUGAUUUGGCUGGAGCCACGUCGGCCUUGCACGAAGCUGAUCCUGAGGCAGCUUCAGGCCUGGGUGGGAGUGGCAGCGGCAGUCCCUCUGCCUCCCAGGAAGUCCCUACGGAGAGGUGGGCCACCCCAGAAGUGAGUGGAGAGCCAGCUGUACCCUAUGGGGUGGGUACGGACACAUCCAGCUUGUCUUGGGCCACUCUCCCAACUUCUGGCGACAGAAGUGAAACUGAUGGAGCCAUGUCCGGUCACACCUCGGGGCUACAUGGCGUCAUUAGCACCAGCACCCCAGAGGCUGUGUGGACCCAGGAGACCCAGCACCCUUCAGAGGUACAUCUAGAUACCAAGUCUUCAAGUCCCCAGCACUCAGGAGAAGAGCCCCCAGAUGCUGAAACAUCCACUUACCCAAUAGACGCUGGCGUCCCAACUGCCCCGGAAGAGACAGACAUUGAUGAGUGCCUCCCAAGCCCUUGUCUGAACGGAGCCACCUGCGUGGACGCCCUGGACUCUUUCACAUGCUUAUGCCUUCCCAGCUACGGAGGGGACCUGUGUGAGCUCGACCAGGAGCUGUGCGAGAAAGACUGGGCCAAGUUCCAGGGCCACUGUUACCGCCACUUCCCCGACCGCAAGGUCUGGACGCAGGCCGAGGUCCACUGUCAGCAGCACCAGGCGCACCUGGCCAGCAUCCUCACGCCCGAAGAACAGGCCUUCGUCAACAACAAUGCUCAAGACUACCAGUGGAUCGGCCUGAACGACAGGACUGUUGAAGGGGACUUCCACUGGACAGAUGGACACCCCUUGCACUUUGAGAACUGGCGCCCCAACCAGCCGGACAACUUCUUUGCCAGUGGGGAAGACUGCGUGGUGAUGAUCUGGCACGAGAAGGGCGAGUGGAAUGACGUGCCCUGCAAUUACUACCUGCCCUUCACCUGUAAAAAGGGCGCUGUGGCCUGCGGAGAGCCCCCUGUGGUGGAACAUGCCAGAACCUUGGGGCAGAAGAAGAGCCGACAUGAAAUCAAUUCGCUGGUGCGGUACCAGUGCAGCAAGGGCUUCGUGCAGCGCCAUGUGCCCACCAUCCGGUGCCAGCCCAGCGGGCACUGGGAGGUGCCUCGGAUCACCUGCACAGACCCCUCCACCACAAAGCAUCGACAGAGAAGUCCGCCCAGCUCCGCCCACUGAGAGCCGCUUCUGGGAGCAUGCCCAGGACACUGAGCCUAGCAGCCCUGCUCAACUGACAGUGCCGUCCACAGAUGGUGUCUUCUUCUCGUCACUUUUUGUCGUAUAAGGAACUCCAUUAAAGAAGGAAAAGUGAAAUCCCACAUUGAGUGUGCACACCCCCCAAAAAAUCUCCAGAAACGCAUCUAUUCCCCUCCCUACCAAACACCAAAGCCAAAGUAAACUCCUACAACCCCAGGACUGAGUUUAGAGACAUUUCUUCAAUCUCCUGUGCCUUUCCAGGGACCAGUGCAGGGACCAGGGAGCAGGGGAGGCCUGAGUUAAAUAAAGAAGAUUAUUUUUCAUUUCCUGACUUGACCCACUUGAGCAGUGCAAUCGAUGGGUUUUCGUCUCCAGGGAGAGCCAAGGAGGAGGGAGGAGGGCUGGCAGGAGCUGGCGGAGGCCCAAGGAGGGGCUCAGAGCCUCUCGGGAUGGGAAUGUAUUGGACAAGACGGAGCCAGGCAGGGAGCAGGGCAGUGGGGUUCCGGCCAGGGUGGACAGACCCCAGAGGGCCCCAGAGGGGUCUUUCACGGUGUGGGACCUGGGUUCACCCUUGGUCCCUCAUCCCGGUCCGCCACCCCAGCAGGUGUCUGUCUAUCUCAGCAGGGCUGGGUGGGGGGCAGCCCCUUCCCAGUGAGACCACCACCUGCCCGCCUCCUCCCCACCUCCCCCAGAACCGUGCAGGCAUCAGGGUUCC